CUUCCUCUUCCGGUCGCCGGGCUCCUGAAACCGAAAGUGCUGGGCUUUGGGCGCCGCGCGGAGAUUGGUUCACCUUCACCUGCGCGAGCCCGGGCCGACCCAGGUGGGAAGCCAGAAGAGCGGUGAGACAUGAACGGGAGCGUGGAUUAUUCGGUCACUGAGGAGGAAAUCAGUCUUACCAGAGGACCCUCGGGGCUGGGCUUCAACAUCGUCGGUGGCACAGAUCAGCAGUAUGUCUCCAACGACAGUGGCAUCUACGUCAGCCGCAUCAAAGAGAAUGGGGCUGCGGCCCUGGAUGGGCGGCUCCAGGAGGGUGAUAAGAUCCUCUCGGUAAAUGGCCAAGACCUAAGGAACUUGCUGCACCAGGAUGCUGUAGACCUUUUCCGUAAUGCAGGUUAUGCCGUGUCCCUACGAGUACAACACAGGUUACAGGUGCAGAAUGGGCCUGUAGGACAUCGAAGUGAAGGGGAGCCGAGUGGGAUCCCUAUAGCUCUGGUGCUGGUGCCAGUGUUUGCCCUCACCAUGGUAGCAGUCUGGGCCUUCAUGAGAUACCGGAAGCAACUAUGAAAAGUUUGCUCUCUUCCAGUGCUCCCGUUAGAAGACCCGUUUUCUUUCCCUCUCACCCUCAACCCCUGCCAUUCUCCCAUAUCCUUCCCUCUCUCUGCGUAGUCAACAUGUCAUUGAAAGAGACUGCUACCCAAGCAGGACCUCACUGUCCAGAUCUCCACAUCCUCAUAUCUAAUGGGAGAGUGAAGGUAUUGUUUGAAAGAAGGCCGAAGAAAAAGACCUGCUUAGAACAGAUGGGAAAUUACGUAUUAUGCUAGGAUCACCAAUAGAAGUUCAGCUACAACCCAAAGAGGGAAAGGUCCAGUCUUCACAUCAGCACGGGUAAUACCUUUUUCUUAACUGGCGUGCCUCAAAGGCCAGCUGUGCGACGCAGGAGAAGAGAGGAUUUUUCUUAUUGAUCUUCCUUGGGAAGUUUUUGUGGCCUUUAUUUAAUUUCUAUCUACAUACUUGGGUGCCUAUAUCAAACACAGGAUAAUGAGAGCAUUUUUACUUUUAUAAAACACGUGCAUGUGUGCGCUUGCAUGCGCAUGCACACACACGCACGCACACACGUCCAUGCAUGAUAGUAUAAUAGCGAUGCCUUAUGGAGAAUUAAAGAAGUGGAAAGCUGCUAUUUGGUUUCAAGCUUCUGAUAUAAGGGAGGUUCUUAAUGGGAGAAUUUGAUUUAUAGCAGGAGUGAGAGAGUGAGCCUUGAAAGAGGAUGCCCAAUCUGGGUCAUUAAAAAAAAAAGAAAAAAAGGAAAACCGAAGCAACUAAUUAAAAAUCUUAGAGCAAUAUUUCUUCUCAUAAUAGCUGUGCUGAAGUGGAGGUAAAGCGCCAUAAUCUAGCUUUGUGCAAGUCAGUUUGUUCCUCACACUUUGAGAUGUAAAGAUAAACCUUACUUGUUCUCUGGGCUGCCCCAGUGACUUUUCUGGAACCUCCCAGUCCUGUUAAAGGAUCAGCUGGAAUGACUGUGGUCAGGGCUUUGGUGAUGGGGCCAGAACAAUCCAGUGAAAAAACUCUAGAAGACAGAAGGGUAAUGCCUCCAGGGUGGCACCGGAACCUUCUCGGGCCACCUAACAUAUUCUUUGGUUACUAGUGAUAGGCAAAUUGUGAGAGAAGGGACUGCUCUCUGGCAGGACAGGCAUGAAAUGAGCUCUGCUUCUGAUUCUGUUGAGAGGGCUUGGAUUGUGGGUUAUUUUGAAAGGCUCUAAACACUGGCUGUGGCUUCUAAUAAACCAUUUUGCAGGGAAGGGGAAGAAAAGGUUUUUGGGUUUUUGUUUUGUUUUGUUCUGUUUUAGUGGAUAGGGAAGUUUGGUGGCUGUUUCCUGGGGAAACCUUGAGAGCAGGAUAUGGGUGAAAGCAUGCUCAGGAAUACCAAAGUCAUUAAUAAUGAGGUGGGAACCAUUCUCUUCAUGUGAUAUCAAAUGUUGAUUUUGAAACACUAAGGAGAGCUGAACCAAGGCUAAUUCUCUGGCUUUAAAAAAAAAAUCAUUUCCAUCCUCUAAAUACAUUGUCUAGACUACAGGUCUUAUAUAAUCUUGAGAGCAUGAGUAUGAAGACUGACCCUGAGAAAACCAGUCAUGUCCAGUUUUUAGCAUGCAUAAUUCGGUAAGCAUUUUACAGGUGUUGAUUGGACACCAGUUUUGUUAAGAUGCUUUUACAAAGAAUGUCAGAUUUAUAUUGCAGAUAGCAAAAGGGAACAGUUACUGAGAAGACACUUGAGAAAGUUCCAUGGAGGAAGGGGACAAAUGACUCUUGAGGAGCUCACAGUCUAGUUAAGAGAAUUCAUAAAUAAAUGAGAAGUUAAAAGUACAUCAUCAGGUUACGUGACAGUUGAAAGUAAUAAGAAAUGGGAAAAGAAAUUCAGAGCACAGCGUAGCAACAGAGAUGUGCAGGCAGCCAUCACUUUUUUUUUUUCCCCAGGGACUCCAAAAAAGAAAGCUGUCACAUAAUGGCAUCAGGCCAGAGUGGGAAGGAAAAGGCUUUUAAAAAUAACCCACCUAAGGCCUUACUUUGGGCCAAUUGUUGGUAUAGGGUGAAACUUGCUUUAAACAAUCCUGGUAGGACUUAGGUCUUUAGGCCUGGAGUGUUCAGUACCUUUGAGCCUCACUUAGACGGCUGCACUUGUAGGUCCGCACAGACACACUGACAGUAUUCUGGUUCUCACCUCAACCAGCCCCACUGUGUGGGCACAAGCCCCGCCACCCUCCCUGCAUCUGGAGGCUUGUGCAGCAGCUUCCUCAGUGGGCUGGCUUCCCUCCCAGGAUUCAGCUCACAGUUUGGGUAUCAGCUCCUGAGAGGACCUUGAGACAUUCAGAAUGAAGCAAUUGGCAAGCAGGAGGGAAAUCCGUCUUGUUUUUUUCUUUGUUGGUAGAUGUGAAAAAGGACACUUACCCCCAGGUUGGUAGAAGAUUUGCUUUGUUUAAUAAUAGGGAUUCUUACGCACUUUAAUAAUUUAGGUUUUCUCUGGAAUUAAAGAGCACUUAAAGAUCCAUGAUGAAAAUUUCAGGCAAGUAUACUAUUCAGUUUUUAUUUCUGAUUCUCUAGAAAACUAAAUUGCCCUAGAUGAGGUAUUGGAGUCUUUUGUAAGUCACUAAAAAAAAAAUUCAUGAUCUUUGUAGAUCGAAUCUAAUAUUUCUUUCACUUUAUAGAUUGUAUCUAAUAUUCCUGCUACCUAAAUUACUGUGUUUAAAGUUUCGAAAAUUGAAUGAAAGUAUUUUAAGACCGUAUACUUAAAACACUUCUCUGUAUUUAUCAUCUGAUAUUACACAUAAUUUUAAUAAGACAUUGUUUGCUUCAGUUGUCUCUCUUUUCCUGCCAAGUUUUAAUCUGUGCUAUUGAUUUCACUUAUUCAUACUGUCUAGCCAUGUGUAAUGGAAAAGGAAACUAAUACUUGUUACUGCAUUUUGUGCCAGGUGGUGUACUAAGUCCGGGUGGGUACACUGUUCAUGACUCACAACUCUGAGAUCUAAGUAUUGUUAAAAAGACACUAAGGGAAAGAGAAUAAAUUACGUUUCUUAUGAUUACGUAGGUGGUAAUGAUAGACUCAGGAUAUAACUUAAGACUUCAGGUGCUACUGUCAAUGAUAUUUCUCACUGGCCAUGGCUCUCAAAGUGUGGUCUCUGAAUAAAAGCAUCAGCAUCAUUGGGGAACUUGUUAGAAAAGUAAAUUCUAGGGCUUCACCCCAGACCUACUCAGUCAAACUGCAUACAGCACUAGUAACAAUCCGUCCAGGUGACUGAUGCACAGUAAGGUUUGAGAAUCACUGCUCUCUGCCAAUAGUUGUCCCCUUUUUCUCAGGUUAGAAUCAUCUGCAGAGCUUAUAAAAUUCUGGUUCUCAAGCUGCACCUAGACCAAUUAAAUAAAAUCACUUUCUGGAAAGUGGGACUUAGGCAGCAGUAAAAUAAAGUUCAUUAGGUGGAUUCCACUGUGCAGUGUCAGUAAACAGUGCUCUGUGGCAUUUAAAUUAUUAAAUAAAAACUUACAUAAAUGAUCAGAUCACACACAGGCAUUUGCUCCAGUAUAAAAUGAGAAUUUCACUUGGGUCUUUUUAGAGCCCAGCUCUCCAUGCCCUUCUGCCGAAGUAUAGAUGUGUAAGAAAAAAUGGAGCGUUCUAGGGCCUAUUUGUUUAGGACUGACCAUCAAAAUGUGUUAGUGUUUCAGUAUGUGCAUCUAUUAAAUAAAUUAGAACCCAAUCAAAGAACAUUGGAGCUAAAAGGGAGCAAGAAAGAUUCUAGGAUGAAUCUGUCUUAGAGAUGAGAAAAAUCAAAGCUCAAAGAGGUAGACAGACUUAACUCAGUUCAAAGACUUAGUCUGUUGCAGAAGUGCCCUUUCUGUAUCAUAUUUAUGUCUGGAAUGUAUGCAUUACAUGAAGAUAGAUGAAACUAUCCUUUUUAUCUCAAUCCACUUUUGUCAUCUCUCUUUGGGCCUGAAUAGAGACUGGGGACUGUAAGCCAUAAUGCAGAACUGGUAGAUACCAUGGAAUCUGCGAAAGCCCUAAUAUAAAAUUCAAUCACAUGAGUUCUUCUGUGACUUGUUCCAGUAGUUCUAAACUAGAGAAGUGUGGGUUUUUUUGAUGUUGGACAUUGUUUUUAUUGUGUAAAUAGCAAUUUAAACUAUAUUUUAAAAAAUGGAACAAAAAACAUUAGGCUGUCAAGUAUGGGCAAGGGGUGGGGAGUGUCAUUUGUGUAAUUUCAUGUGGAGCCAAUAAAGAUUUUAUCCUA